UGGAGUCAGCCGAGCAGGUGCUAAUGAAGUGUCUCCUCAGCCUUGGGACUCGCUGCCUCAACCUCCUAGGCUUCCAGCAGUUUGUGGGUGACAGUGAGAUGACCUCUGACCUUAUCGACGAGGGCAAGGAGCUGAUCCGACGAGAGAAAAGGAAACGGCAAAGGGUAGAAGACGGAGAGAACAGACGCAGAGAAUGGAAGGAGCGUUACGGAAACUCGAGGGAUGACUACACGGCGAGGAACAGGAGCAGCCAUGAGAUGAAGGAGACCAGUUACUCAGACACCGUGACGCCCAGAGACAACAGACAAGCUAAAUACUCUCGCUCUGGAGGCCGGGCGGAGAGGGACUGCAUGGAGCUGCUGCAGGACGCUGAACCUUUAGACUUCAACGCUGAGUCUCUGACAGAUGACGCUCUGGACUCAGAGUCUGGGAGACAUGCAGGAGGACGAUAUCUGUCCAUGUCUUCGUCACGCAGCCGAAUAUUUGACGACGUCUGACGGGAAGAAGAAAGGUGAAGGGGAGCCAUAAACUGGAACACGCAUUAAAGUUUGAAGGAAGUGAAUGUACCACAUGACCUCUGUUUCCCAGGAUGCACGGUAACUUAACUGCAGGUGGCCUGUGUCAGUGACGGUCUGUCCCCCUAAAUGAUCCAUAAUCCUGUCCAUGAAGGCUAAAGGAAUAUUGAAGCUAACCAUGUUACACUAACUGUCAUGGAGACACGUCUAAGUCCUGCAUGUCAGGCAGGGGGCGCUCUAACCGUCUGAGCAUGCUCUAAAAGAGAGUCACACCCUGCUGCAUGUCGUCACUUUCAUCACAGGUCACAUGAAGGAAGGUCAUCUAUAUUUGUGAAUGUAUUUCUCUUUUUGUCAUGUUUGAAACGCAAUCACUCUCAGCUUCACUUCAUCUACAGCUCACAGCAAGAGAACCCGAGUUGUCCGUCAUGUUAAAUCAAAACGACUGCUCGGGGACUCUCCCCGCUGACGCUCUUCUGCGGCGUUCACACGGGACACUCCGCCCCCUCAUCUCCUCAAACAGUCCGACUGAGUGUGAAGCCAUAAACGGUUUUAAGAGAAGUUCACUUCCUGCCCUGAUGGUUAGAAAAUGUUCCCUCUUGGCUUGUCACAAUACCAGAAUUUAAAACUGUGAUGAGAUUCUAGUAAAAAUCAAACAUUGAUACCUGUUACCACGGCAACACAAAUAGAAAUCUUAAGCCCUGUUCAGAGCACCGUUUCCAGCCGCCAUAUAUACACGGCUGUGACGUUUCUUCUCCAAUCUAAAUGUUGUGGAGUCGUAAUGACAGCUGUGUUUAGUUUCGGUCUAGUGAAAACAAAGUCUGAUGAAGGCCGAUGACAUCAGAUAUUUGGUAACUUUCUUUUUAUAUUCAUUUAGGGAAACUCCUGCACUGGAUGACUUCCUGUCCUGAUCGCCUUCCUAUGAAACAGAUGUAGUUUGAAUUAAAGCUCAGGGGCGCCUAAAGUUUAGGGUUCUGCUGCGGGCCCCAUGUUGGGAGGCUGUUCUCAUUGCAGUGUCCCUGGGUGUCCCACACAGUGUUAAAUGUGUUAGCAUGUAGCAUUAGCUCUGGGACUGAUGACGAGCUCCUGCUGAACCAGUGGAGCUGUACGAUUACUGUCACACUUUACUCACCUGCCCGGCCUUUAACUCUAUGAAAUGAUCCCGCCUUUAUUUGUGCCUUUAUUUGCAAACAAAACUCGUGCACAGCAAAGACAGAAAGACUAAUAAUUUGUGUGUGUGUGUGUGUGUGGGGGGGGGGGGCUCUCUUUCUUUAUGCUGCUAACAGGCUAAACAAGCUAGUUAGUGUCAGAGGAGAGGAACCAAUCAGGAGCUGGUGACAGAGAAGAAGACGCUGUGCUUUUAUGUCAUAUGUGAAUAUGUGAAGUUCUGAUUGUAGUUAAUUUAAAGUAUAAAUGUUUGUUAUUUGACAUUCCUGGUGUUCAUCUUAUUAACCAUGAGUUUAUGUCUGUAUGAAGCAUCUUUUGUUGUCACAUGAUUUCAGAGAAACGUUUAUUAGAUUCAAAGAAACAGAAAGUAAGAAAGAGAGGAGAGUUCACUUUGAUAAGCUUAUUAGUUAUUGCUUUGAUAAAACGUUUACAACACAGGUCAGACAAACUGUCAUCGGCACUUUAUAGCACUUCCUGAAGAGAAGCUGUGGCCAUUGGUUCCAAUCUGACCUCGACCUCCUGACCCUCUCCUGCGUGUUGUCCUCCACUCUCUCUCUCUCACUUCCUGUUUCUCUCCUGCUGUCCGAUCUUAAAAGACAAAAAGGCCAAAAAAAUAGAACUUCAAACAAACAAACAAACAGACGUGGUAAAGAUAAGAAUUGUUGAUAACCUCGGCUGCUUCAGCGCCACAUAUUGGUCAAAGAAAUCCAAACGUCUUCCCUCAGAAAUCUCGUCCACACACGUCCACACUUCAGGCUCCAAUAACUCCAAGUGUGAAGAGAAUAUGACACGUUUCAACAUAAGCUCCGCCCACAGCGCAAGAGCAAACGUAUCACACAUUUAGAAGAACCGUGUUGGAAAUAUAAAAUAUAACCAGACCCGGCGUGGUCCAGAAAUAUGUUGAAGUAGUGAAAACCUCAAGGGGCGGGGCUUAAAUGAUCUUUUUCUUCUUCUUGUGAUAAUCCUUGGCUUCACCUUGCAGACCCUCUCACCUACAGUCUGUGGUAACAACAGGUAACACACAUGUCUGGCCCUUUAAAUGUGUUAGCAUGUAGCAUUAGCUCAGGGGCUGAUGACGAGCUCCUGCUGGCAGGUUCAGUGACCACGUUCACAUCACGCCGCCCUCGGUCCAUAUCAUGUCUGUGUAUAUAAUGUAUGAUAUCUUUUUGUAUGAGUUGGACUAAUUCAUGAUGCACAGAAGAAUUCAUGUGACUUUGUAUUUAUUGUAUUUCCUGGUAACGGAGCGUCAUCAUCCUGCUGAUUCUGAUGUUUGAUUAUAUUUAUUCAUGACGCCGCAGGUGGAGCGUAGAUAUCACGAGUUCUUUACUGUCGUGACUUAUUUAGAGAAACAAUGAUGUAUGUUUUAAUCUGCUGCCAGUGUUGUGUCAAUAAAAGAGAUCCAAUGUUA